AUGGUUGUUACAUCUAAAGAAUUUGAGUCCAAAAUUAAUCAUAUUGCAGCUGCAAGAGAUUUUAAUGGCAAUGUUCCUGAUCUACAAGUCUUUGUUUUAGCUGACAUUGAGGCAGCUACAGAUAGACUUUCAUUUGAAAAUAAACUUGGAGAGGGAGGUUAUGGUCCCGUUUACAAGGGUGUAUUACCAAAUGGACAAGAAAUAGCAGUGAAAAAGCUUUCUAAAACAUCGACUCAAGCGUUUGAGGAGUUUAAGAAUGAGGUUAUACUUACUGCAAAACUGCAACAUGUAAAUCUUGUGCGACUUUUGGGAUUUUGCAUUGAGAGGGAUGAACAAAUGCUGAUCUAUGAGUACAUGCCAAACAAAAGCUUGGACUUCUCCCUCUUUGGUCUGAUAUCUUUCUUGCAAUUCAAUUACAGCAAAUGA